AUGAACGUUGACAGACACGCCGCAGAGGUCAGCAAGACAUUGAGAUACCUAUUAUUCUACACAAGUGCAGGAUGGCAAACAAAAGAGAGCCAGGCAAGGGGCGCGACUAUGCCGGGAUUCGAUGGCAGCUCGUUAUUCUCGAGGACAGGCCUUUUCAGGUUCAGCGAGGCCCUGGCAUGGACGACCAUAUUCCCUUAUGCGUUUACCAUGAUGAAGUCCUUUCUCCCCGCGGACGGUAACCAGGCAGCGCGGGCAGCUGUCCUGGCAUCCAGCACCGUCUCACUCUUCACGUUUGGCGAGUUCUUGACCGGAGUCCCCUGGGCCAAAGUCAGUGACCGGAUAGGACGGAAGAGGACGCUGAUGAUAGGAGUGGUCUGCGGUGCUGCUUCAGCUCUGGCGUUUGGGCUGUCAAAGAGCCUGGGGGUUGCUCUGGUAGCUCGAGCAUUUGGCGGCUUGACAAAUCCAAACGUUGGAGUCGUUUCAUCCUGCGUUGGAGAAUUGGUCAGGGACAAGAAGGACCAAGGGCCAGUCAUUGGUGGCUGGCUGGCUGAGCCCACAAAGACAAUACCGUCAGUCUUCCCUGAAGGAAGCAUAUGGGAGAAAUUCCCCUAUCUGUUACCAAAUUUGAUCGUGACCCUGUUUAUAGCCACCAGUGGAUCGUUGGGAUUUUUCUUCCUUGAAGAAACACAUCCUCAUCUCCAGAAUAGCCGCAAUGUGGGAUUGGAGAUGUCCCAAUGGCUCUGCCGAAAGACAAUGAAGUUGUUUGGCUACUCGGAUACUCAAUAUGCCGUGUUAUCUUCUAACGGAGACGACAAUAUCCCACUUCACUGCACGGAAGAUGUCGAGUUCACAGCUAUAAACGAGAGCAGUUCUAAUGAUGCAGACAAAGAUUCAAACAUGGAGACCAAGUCACCUGUAAAGUCUGCAUACUCGGUACAGGUCAUCCUUCAGAUUUUAGCAGCGUCGAUUUUAGGUUUUCACAAAGUUUCUUCAGACGUGAUUAUCCCAAUUUUCCUGGCUCAUAAUAAAGAACCAACAUCAGACAAGGAAGAGUCCAAAUUUUUGAACUUCACCACCGGCUUUGGCAUGAGCUCUCCAAAGAUCAGCAACGUUCUCCUCUCUCAGGCUGUAGUAGCCAUCCUGGCCCAGAUUUUUAUUGUGCCAAAAUUGAUUGCUUGCCUAGGACCUUUGAAAGUCUUCCGUUGGGCUGUGUUUGCAUUUCCAUGCUUAUACUGUCUCACACCAUUUGCUUCUCGUUUUAUCAGCCCGCUGUCGACAAUCUUGAUUCUAGUGGACCUUUGGGUUAAAGCUAUUCUGGUAAAUCUGGGCUAUACCGCUUCCAGUAUUCUCCAAAUAAAGCAAGUCUUUGGCCCAUCCGCUAACAUGGAUAGGUUAACCAAUACAUCACCAUCGCCUCUACAUCUUGCCACAGUCAAUGGCGCUGCUGCUUCAAUGGGAUGUCUAGCAAGAUCAGUGGGUGCUGCUGUGUCAGGAUCUAUGUUCCAUCUUGGGCUCCAACACCAUGCUAUAGGUUUGCCAUUCUGGGCUUUGGCGGUAAUCGCAACUGUUGGAAGCAUCCUCUCCCGGUUUUUGAGGGACGAGCCAUAG